GAGCAGACCACGGGCGGAUGAGACUACGAUCAGGAAGACUACAACCAGGAAGACCACGACCAUAGAAGACCACGGGUAACGGGUGGUUACCGUAAGGGAGCAGGGUUCAUCUGCGCAAAUGUUGAGCAGCGUAAAGGGAAUUCUCUGGGCGCUGGAUCUUGUGCGCAAUUUCAACAGUGUAAACGGGGAAGACCCGCUUGGUACUUUUUGCCCGCGCACACACAGGGCAUUUUUUACAGUGCGUGCAAAGAGAGAUGAUAAGUUAGAAGGAAGUAUACUGGUUUGCCGUGUGAGAUUUCUCUAGGGUGAUGGCUCGUGAUGGGAGAAGAAGCUGCUGGUGAUGGAUUCAGUGAGUGGGGUCCGUCGAUCAACGGCUAUAGAUUUGUGGGCAAGACGACGGACCAGAAGUACUACAAGCAACGUCAUCACUUGGCGUACUCCAAGGACGUCACUGGACAAGACGGGUAUAACUGGUCAUACUUGGAUGAUCCGCAAUGUGGCAGUGAAGAUGAAGGCGGUGUAGAUGGCGACAGUGCUGCUGUCAACGACAAUGAUGAUGACAUCAACAAUAGCAAUGCUUAUAGUUAUAACGAUUACUGCUUGGAUUGGCAGUCGAUAAAGAGCACAGGGUCCAAUGUUCUGGUGUUCCCGAUACGAAGUGUUGGUGAUGCCUUGACUGAACCAAACGUGGAAGCAUUCCUGAGAACAGCAAGUGACUAUGGGAAGGCUUUAAAGAUGGAGAGGAUCAGAUGGCACCCGGAUAAGAUGGUUAACGCUUUACGAUUGAAAGGUGGCGUCGAAGCCGAGCUUUUGAAGAGUAAGAUCACAACAACGUUUCAAAUCAUUAACAAACUAUACGAGAGUAAUUCUAAAUGAAAUGGUGCGUGUUUUCUAUUAUAUUAAGACUAUACAUCACAAGAAUCAACUAUUGGCUUCUU